AUGCUCACGGAAACGACAUUAUCACUUAUACAAAUAUUAGAAAAGACUAUAUCCCCAGAUCGAAAUGAAUUGGAAGCUGCUGAGAAAUACCUCGAUCAUGCAGCAGGCACCAACUUUACAACGUUUAUUAAGAUGCUGUCAGAUGUACUGGUACAAGGUGGGAACAGUCAGGUGGCAAGAAUGGCUGCUGGGUUACAGCUAAAAAAUCACCUCACAUCUAAAGACCCCAUUUUGAAACAGCAAUAUCAACAAAGAUGGCUUUCAUUACCUGAAGAUAUAAGGCUUUAUAUAAAGAAAAAUAUUUUAGCAGCUAUUGGUACAGAAAACAGUAGGCCCAGUUCUGCUGCUCAGUGUGUUGCCUAUGUAGCAGUGGCAGAACUUGCAGUUGGACAAUGGAAUGACCUCAUAAAUGUACUAGUGGAGAAUGUUGUAAAUGCUCAAUCUUCAGAGUUAAAGAAGGAAGCAACAUUAGAAGCUAUUGGAUAUAUUUGCCAAGAAAUCGAUGCAGAAGUGUUAACAGAACAAAGUAACCCAAUACUCACUGCUAUCAUCCAUGGCAUGCGAUCAACUGAACCAAGUAAUCAUGUAAGACUUGCUGCAACUCAGGCUCUGCUCAACUCGCUUGAAUUUACAAAAGCCAAUUUUGAUAAAGAAAAUGAAAGAAACUUCAUAAUGGAGGUUGUUUGUGAAGCUACACAGUCCACAGACAUGAGGAUUAGUGUUGCAGCUUUACAGUGUCUAGUAAAAAUACUAUCUCUUUACUAUCAAUACAUGGAACCAUACAUGGGACAAGCUCUGUUCCCUAUUACUUUAGAAGCAAUGAAAUCUGAUGUAGAUGAAAUUUCGCUUCAAGGCAUUGAGUUUUGGUCUAAUGUUAGUGAUGAAGAAAUAGAUCUUGCUAUUGAAGAAGCAGAGGCGGUAGAAGCAGGGCGCCCACCCGUUAGAACGUCAAGAUUUUAUGCUCGAGGAGCAUUACAAUAUCUAGCACCAGUGCUAAUGCAAAAAUUAACUAAACAAGAUGACUCUGAUGAUGAAUUGGAAUGGAAUCCCUCAAAAGCUGCUUCUGUAUGUUUGAUGCUCCUUUCAAACUGCUGUGAGGAUGAAAUUGUACCACAUGUGUUACCAUUUAUUAAUACAAAUAUUAAAAGUGAUAAUUGGCGAUACCGAGAAGCUGCUCUUAUGGCAUUCGGUUCUAUAUUAGGUGGUCUUGAAGCAAACACUCUUAAGCCGUUAGUAGAAAAAGCAAUGCCAACACUUAUUCAAGCAAUGUACGAUUCUAGCGUUGCUGUUAGAGACACAGCUGCUUGGACCUUUGGAAGGAUUUGUGAAAUUGUUCCAGAAGCUGCUAUCAAUGAUAUUUAUUUAAAACCACUUUUGGAAAGUCUUGUAAAUGGUUUGAAGGCAGAACCCCGAGUGGCUGCAAAUGUUUGCUGGGCCUUUACUGGAUUAGCUGAAGCUGCCUAUGAAGCUGCAGAUAUUGGUGACUCCAAUCAGCCACAAACAUAUUGCAUGUCCAACUUCUUUGACUUUAUUAUCCAGCGACUUUUAGAAACAACUGAUCGUCAAGAUGCUGCUCAGCAUAACUUGAGAUCUGCUGCUUAUGAGGCUUUAAUGGAAAUGGUGAAAAAUUCACCUACCGAUUGCUAUGUUACUGUUCAAAAGACCACAAUGGUUAUUUUAGAGCGACUGCAACAAGUUUUACAAAUGGAAAACCAUAUAUCUAGUCAGGCUGAUCGCUCUCAGUUCAAUGAUCUACAAAGUCUUUUAUGUGCCACAUUGCAAUCAGUACUGCGUAAAGUGACACCCGAGGAUGCACCCCAAAUAUCAGAUGCUAUUAUGACUGCACUCUUGACUAUGUUCGCUGGUAAUGCUGGAAAAGCUGGAGGUGUCCAAGAAGAUGCACUAAUGGCAGUAUCCACUUUAGUUGAAGUCUUAGCGGUUGGUCUCACUGGUGACAUUUGCCGCGCCCUAAAGAGUAAGGUGCUUCCAUACUGUGAUGAAAUUAUUUGCCUUUUAUUGGAAAAUCUAGGAGAUCCAUCAAUUCAUCGUUCUGUGAAACCGCAGAUUUUGUCAGUCUUUGGAGACAUUGCCCUAAGCAUUGGUCCUGAUUUUGAAAAAUACUUUGCCAUUGUUAUGCAAAUGUUGCAGCAGGCCAGCCAUGCGCAAGUUGAUAGAAAUGAUUACGACAUGGUUGAAUAUUUGGGCGAGUUGCGAGAGAGCGUCCUGGAGGCAUAUACUGGAAUCAUUCAAGGCCUGAAGGGUUCAACUGGCGAGGUCCGCUCCGACGUGGCGCUGGUGGAGCCCCACGUGCCGGCGAUCGUGAACUUCAUGAUACUGGUGGCGUCGGAGCCGGAGCGGACGGACGGGCACAUGUCGGUGAUCGCGGGCCUCACCGGUGACCUCUGCACGGUGUUCGGGCAGCGCGUGUUGCCGCUGCUCGAGACGCGGCCGCUGCUCGACUUGCUGCAGGCCGCUCGCCGCUCGCGCACACCCCGCACCAAGACCCUCGCCAACUGGGCCACAAAGGAGAUACGCAAGCUCAAGCAGCAGACGCCCCUCACUAGCUGG